AUGGCAUCACCAGAAUACCCCAAAACCACCGUCAACAAACUCGGUCGAUUGGCGAAUCGGGGCACAUACGACUACGCAACAAUCCACAGCCUAAUAAACGCCUGUCCAAUCCUUCACGUCUCCUUCGUCGACCCAGAACACCCUUUCCCCGUCGUCUUGCCCAUGUUGGGAUGUACGGGUAACUACGAGAACCAAUCCGCAGACCCCUCAACUACCCCCCAAUCCCUCUACAUCCACGGCUACGUCUCCGGCCGCAUCUUCAAAUCCUCAAAAGAAACCUCCACCCCCGGUCUCCCCAUCACCAUCGCCGCCAGUUUCCUCGACGGCCUCGUCCUCUCCCUAACCCCCUUCCACAACUCCUGCAACUACCGCUCCGCCAUCGUCUACGGCUACGCCGAACUCGUCGAAGACGCCGACGAAGCGCUGUACGCCAUGAAAGCCAUCACUGAUAAUAUGUUGCCUCAGCGCUGGGAGAAGAGUAGGGUGCCCCCGAGUAGUGCGGAGUUGAAGAGUACGAGUAUUCUUCGGGUCAGGAUUGAAAGUGCAAGCGCAAAGAUACGAACUGGUGGGCCGAGUGAGGAUAGGAAUGAUCUCAAGGAUAAGGAGUUGGUGAAGAAGACGUGGACGGGUGUUGUGCCGUAUUGGGGGACUUGGGGGGAGCCGGUGCCUGGAGAGGAGAAUGGGUGUGAGGAGGUCGAGGGGUAUAUUGAGAGUUGGAGGAUGAGGGAGACGGCAGAGGCGAGGGGGUAUGCUUUUGAGGCUAUUGGUAAGGGUAAAUGA